AUGCAUCACCACCGCAGAAAGUCUGGCCAUGCCCAUAAUACCUCCAUGACUGACGUCCGAAAGUCUGUGACCGCUACUGAUCCAACGUCCAAACACAAGAGACCCGGCAUGACGAGACGUCAUACUCCUGUGAAUGCCCAGAAAUUAGGCCGUAGCCAUCGUGAGCGAGAACGGGAACACCAAGACGCCUGGGAGGAUGAACGCGAAAGCUUUCCGCAAUACUGCAUGACUUGUGAAAAGCAAUUCGUACCUCACGACGAAAGACAUCUCUAUUGCUCGGAAACCUGCCGACGUGUGGAUCAACAAAACUCGUCUUCACACUCGUCGCAGAUACGUGCGUAUUCUGUCAGCAGCAAUCCCUCGUAUUAUUCCCCAGGAAACCAAGAACCAAGGGACAUCAUACCGCGGGCUUCACCAUCGCGGCCAAAUUCGAUGCACUUCAGCCAGUCGCCGCCGGCAUCGCCAGGGACGAUUCCAGCCUCUCAUCACAUCUCCGCCCUCUCUGCGCUGCGAUCUCUCAACAUUGGACCUCCUAGCCCUCCCUCUCCCACAGGGAGCAACGGCGGCAGCCUUUGGCCGUUUAGCCGAAGUGUUGCAACGAGUCCUGCAAGUUCUUAUCGACGCCCUUCUGGCCCAUAUCUAUCCUCGACAUAUGACACGGGUCACCACUAUGCCCCCGGUGCGUACACGUACGACUCGGGCUCACACGGCUUGGACAGGCCUCUUCCAACCCGGCAUCCUGGAGCGUACUCUCGGCCUAAGAGUAUCGAAUUGGUGACUCCGGUUCUAGGUCGGUAA